AUGCUGCCUGAAAUAUACGACGGAGGAAAACACAUUCGCCACGUCCUCCACGAGACCCACGCGACGCGACACGACCCCAAAAUUUUUAAUUUUCUCCUCCGCCUCCGGCUCACGCGCCACCACCCUCCCCCAGUUCCCCUCUUUCUCUUUCCCCCGCUUUCUCUUCCAUUUCCUCCUCCCAAUUCCCCAAAUCGACGCUCAAAUUCUUCCCACUUAUUCAAAGUUUCCAACCCUAGUCCUCGCCUCACACUCUCUCUCGCCCAUUCCUUUCCCCUCCACCGCAAGAGAGAAAGAGAGAGCGCUAGGUGCUUCAUCAAAGCUCGACUAAUGGUCGUUCCCUCCCUAAACUGCGUCACCGACGGCGCUCCCCCUUCCUCCGGCGACUUCACUCCCCUGAAAUCAACCCCGCCUCCACCCCACACAGACCAACUCCCUCGCAGCCGACGAGCUAGCGCCCGGAUUCAGGAAACCAAGCAGCGCCAGGAGGCCAAACAGCGUCUGGAGAAGGAGAGGCUCAUCCGGAAGCGGGUUCAGCUCCUGGAUGAGCCGGAGGAGCAGCAAUCCAGUGCCAAGAAACCGCGGGUCUACUCUCGUCGGCGGGAUGGAGAGGGUAGUGACGGGGUUGAGGCAAAACCCAAGGCCGAGCAGCAGCAGUUGCCGGAGCGGGAGCGGGAGAAAAAGGACGAGGUGGAAAGGGCGAUGGAUAAUGCAGCCCGCCAAAUCGCGCUAGAGAUGCCGACGAGUGACGUUCUGCCUGCCAGUGGUUUAGCCUCUGGGAAGAGUGCUUAUGCUCAAGUGAAGGACACUCUGAGAACGUUCAACAAGUACUACCUAUCCUUCGUCCAGGAAGAGGAGAGUAGGUGUAAGAAGAGGGAUACGGCCAAGAAAUCCCCUAAUUCCAAGUCCCCUUCCAAAUCAAAAGGACCGAAAUUAAAGAAACCUGGGCGGGGUGUGAAAGCGACUAAACCUGACACUAAGUCAACGUCCAAGCGUCCUGACCUGAAGGCUGUAACUAAAAUGUUGGAGACUAAUGCUGUAAUGUAUCCCAAGAAAAGAAUUGGCGACCUUCCAGGAAUUGAUGUUGGUCAUCAAUUUUAUUCAAGAGCUGAGAUGGUUGCAAUUGGUUUUCAUGGACACUGGUUGAAUGGAAUUGAUUAUAUGGGUAUGGGCUACCAAAAGGUGGAGUACAAGAACUACACGUUCCCACUUGCAGUGGCUAUUGUCUUGUCAGGAAUGUAUGAGGAUGAUCUAGAUAAUGCUGAUGAGGUUACGUACACUGGUCAAGGUGGGCAUAACCUAACUGGUGAUAAACGACAGAUUAAGGAUCAAGUUAUGGAGCGUGGAAAUUUGGCAUUAAAGAACUGUGUUGACCAAUCUAUUCCUGUACGAGUGAUCCGUGGUCAUGUGUGCAAGAGCAGCUAUGUCGGGAAGAUGUAUACAUAUGAUGGCUUGUAUAGGGUUUCUCGUUACUGGGCUGAGAAGGGUAUAUCUGGAUUUACAGUGUUCAAGUAUGCCCUUAGGAGGCUCGAAGAGCAGCCAAUAUUGACCACUAAUCAGGUACAUUUCACAAAUGGGCGCGUUCCCCAAGCUAUUUCUGAAAUACGAGGGUUGGUGUGCGAUGAUAUUACUGGGGGACUUGAGGAUAUCCCAAUUCCAGCCACAAAUCAAGUUGAUAAUCCACCUGUUCCCCCAACAGGCUUCACUUAUUUGAAGUCUAUUCAAGUUGCCAAGAAUGUGAAGCUUCCCAAAAACACAGCUGGAUGUGAUUGCAGAGGGAACUGUGUGGACCCAAGGAAAUGUGCUUGUGCAAAGCUCAACGGCUCUGAUUUCCCUUAUGUGCAUCGCGAUGGCGGGAGGCUAAUUGAGGCCAAAGAUGUUGUUUUUGAAUGUGGUCCAUCUUGUGGCUGUGGACCAAGCUGUGUUAACCGCACAUCUCAGAGGGGAAUGAAACAUCGUCUUGAGGUUUUCCGUACACCAAAGAAGGGUUGGGCUGUGAGAUCAUGGGAUUUCAUUUUUUCUGGAUCACCAGUUUGUGAGUAUGUUGGGGUGCUCAAGAAAACAGAAGAUGUUGAUACUCUCACUGGAAAUGAGUAUAUUUUCGACAUUGACUGCUUGCAGACCAUGAGAGGCUUGGAAGGCAGAGAGAGACGUCUGAGAGAUGUUUCGCUCCCAAAUGGUGAAACCAUUCCAUUUGAGGAGUCGAAGCCAGACAGUGUCCCCGAGUUCUGCAUUGAUGCUUGUCGCAGUGGAAAUGUGGCCAGGUUCAUCAACCACAGCUGCACUCCAAAUCUGUUUGUCCAGUGUGUGCUGAGCUCACACCAAGAUAUCAGGCUUGCCCGUGUAGUUUUGUUCGCAGCGGACAACAUCCCUCCACUGCAGGAGCUAACAUAUGACUAUGGCUAUGUCCUGGAUAGUGUGAUGGGUCCUGAUGGCAAGAUUAAGCGGGUUCAGUGUUAUUGCGGCGGAGCAGAUUGUAGAAAGCGCUUAUACUAGCAGCGUAAUUAGUAGCUUUGCUUAUGUACCUGGUAGUGAGCGUAGGUUCAAUUGUAAAUUUGAGACAAAGAUAGUAGCUAUUGUUAUCUAACUCCACCUCAGGUUGGCGGCCUGUACAUGAGGGACUGGGAAGAUAUUACCAGAAUUGUUGGUAGGGUGGGCACUGCUAGUGAAAAGUUGGGAGAGGCGAGCUCUUGUUAUGAUCACAUACACAAUGAUUGCAAACGUCAAACUUGUAAAUCGAUACUCUGACAUUUUGUCUAAUCCCUGAAAGGAGGGAAUAUUUCAGCCGACCUAUUCUUUCGAAGCCUUGGUGUCAUUGUUCCUCCUGAAGAGAAAUGUUUCUAUGUUUGUUUUGAUAAUGAUAUGUUAAAUGAGUUAAGUUUUAACACAUUUCGUAUGAACAAUCGAUACAGUAUCUGUAAUAAAAGAGAUUGUAGG